AUGAAAAUUAUUACUUCAAUUAUCUUAUUUUUUGCCUUUGUAGCUCUUGCCGCCGCUGAAAGUAUCACUUUUUGUGAUGUAUGCUCUGGUUCAGAACACCUACCAUGUAAGAGUCCUGGAUCGAUGAAAUGUGUCAAUGUUCCAAUGGGAACAUGUCAUACUUUCAACGAUAUUUGUUCAGGUAAACCAAUGCCAUACUACUUUAAUAUUACUACAUUUGAAACUGGAGCAGCCUAUGGUGGAGUUUAUACUUCUUUGUCUGAUUGCAAAACAAACACCAACGGUACUGUGUUUUUAGAGGCUUGUGGAGGUUGUGAUAAUGGUACCUCAUUCACCUGUAACAAUGAUGCCUCAUACCCCUUGGCUUCAUUAGUUUUGGGUGGUUCUUUUUAUCCUAUUAAUGUAACUUGUGGUGGCUGUUUCAGUAGUAGCGUAGUCACUUGUUACAGAUAUGGUUCAAACUCAUUGGCUCCAUUCGGCUUGCUUACUUUACUAUUCGCCAUGAUUACUUUUAUCUUUUAG